GCGGCCGGGGCGGGGCGAUGCCGGGCGGUGGCAGCGGCGGCCCGGGCCGGGGCCCGUGACCAUGGGCAUCGCCGAGUCCACCCCGGACGAGCUGCCGUCGGACGCCGAGGAGCAGCUGCGCAGCGGCGAGCAGCAGCUGGAGCUGAGCGGCCGGCGGCUGCGGCGCCUGCCCAGCGCCGUGUGCGCGCUGAGCCGCCUGCAGAAGCUCUACGUGAGCGGCACCGGGCUGCGCGAGCUGCCCGAGGAGAUCGAGGAGCUGCGCGAGCUGCGCAUUCUGGCGCUCGACUUCAACAAGCUGGAGAGCCUGCCCGACGGCCUGUGUCGCCUGCCGCGCCUCACGCGCCUCUACCUGGGCGGCAACCGGCUGCUGGCGCUGCCGGCCGACUUCGCGCAGCUGCAGAGCCUGCGCUGCCUCUGGAUCGAGGGCAACUUCCUGCGGCGCUUCCCGCGGCCGCUGCUGCGCCUGGUGGCGCUACAGUCGCUGCAGAUGGGCGACAACCGGCUGCGCGCGCUGCCCGCGGAGCUGCCGCGCAUGACGGGCUUGCGUGGUCUCUGGCUCUACGGCAACCGCUUCGAAGAGUUCCCGCCCGCGCUGCUGCGCAUGGGCCGGCUGCACAUCCUCGACCUGGACCGCAACCGCCUGGGCGGCUUUCCCGACCUGCACCCGCUGCGCGCCCUGCGAGUUUUCUCCUACGACCACAACCCAGUCACCGGACCUCCGCGCGUGGCGGACACCGUUUUCCUAGUAGGCGAGGGCGCCGUCGAGCGCAUGGCUGAGCGCGACGAGCCCGUUCCCCGGCCUCCUGCCCGGCGUCCGGUCCGGGUCUUUGAGGAUGAGGAGGAAGAAGACCUGCUCAUAGGGGGCGCAGGCCCCAGGGCCCUGGGGCCCGCCAGGGACAGCCUUCGAGCCUUGGAAGCCCCUCCAGGAUUGGGUACCUGAGCCUCUGCCCUGAGUGGUGGGCUUGAACACUCUGGAAGGAGGGGCUCCGUCGCUGGGCCUCUGACUUGGGGCCGUGAAGGAGCGGCAUUGAGUGAGCUGCCUGGCUGAGUUAGGCCUGAGGCCGUCUUCACACACUCCUAGGCAGUAAGAGAGACUCCCUGGGCUGACCUCUGGGCAGUUUUCAGACCAAGAAGUCUGGGACCGAGCCACUGAUGGUACCACAGAUGAGCCGGUUCUCACCUGGAACCAGGGUCACCGCCCUCCAGAGAAUCAUCCCCGCUGACUCUGGACGUCCAGGGGGCCUAUCACUUCCACCUGGGGUUUGGAUCUCCUAGGCCUACCCUAGCUGUUGCUGGGGUCAUUACCUCUGGGGCAGACUGUACGGGGACAACCCUGCCCCUCUGCGUGUUGGGGGUUCUGGCCACAGGCAAGGCAUAGGGACUCCAUCCGAGAUAGACGCAGACACAGUUGGGACCUAACGCCUCAGCUUUCCUCAGUUCUCCACCAGGUCCCCGACAGCAGUAAGGUGCACAGAAGAGAGGGUCUCCCCGCCCCGCCUUUCUUCCUGAUUUCUUUUCCCAGCAUGUGCUGAAAUAUUGCUGGGCAAAGAGAGAUCUUCCCUCUCCGAUAGCCUGUGCCCUCAGUUGUCAAGUUUGAGAAGAUGACACUGAGCCUCUUAGGGCUUCCUGCCGGGAAGAGAGAGGGGCUCUGCACUCUAGGAGGCUGCCCGGGGCCUCUCUGCUGCCUGCACUCUCCAUUUCCUUACAUGGGCACAGCCAGGGUGGCUGGCACGGCAUGGGGCACUGGACGGCACCAUGUGCCUCUACUCCGUCACCAGGGACAGCCUCCGAGGGGGUGAGGAGACCAGGCUUUGCAAUUCCCAGGGCCAGAUCCAAGCAAUAACAGGAGGAGAGGGCCAGAGGACACUCAGGGACACUGUCAGGGGCUGGAGCCCUUGGAAGGUAGUGUUUUCUUUGGGAAGAAGAAGAAAAAAAAAAAAACUGGUUGUAAACAUAAAUUAUAUUUCUUGG